GUGCUGCGGAAGUCGCUCAGCCUGGUGAAGGCCCAUUGGAAGGAGAAGCAGGAUUACGCGUUCGCCUGCGAGCAGCUCAAAUCCAUCCGGCAGGACCUCACGGUCCAGGGCGUCCGCACGGAAUUCACGGUGGAGGUUUAUGAGACCCACGCCCGGAUCGCGCUGGAAAAGGGCGACCACGAGGAGUUCAACCAGUGCCAGACGCAGCUCAAGUCCCUGUACGGGGACAACCUGCCCGGGAACGUGGGCGAGUUCACGGCCUACCGGAUCCUCUACUACAUGUUCACGCGCAACUCGGGCGACAUCACCACGGAGCUGGCGUUCCUGUCCCCGGAGCUGCGGGCCGACCCGUGCGUGGCCCACGCGCUGGCCCUGCGCGCG